GCGGCCCGAGUCCCGGCCAGUGCCUCUGCUUCCGGCUCGACUUGCUCUCUCCGCGCCCGCCUUCAGCAUGUCCGAGACUGCGCCCGCCGCGCCCGCCGCUCCGGCUCCCGCCGAGAAGACGCCCGUGAAGAAGAAGGCCCGCAAGUCCGCCGGUGCCGCCAAGCGCAAGGCGUCCGGGCCCCCGGUGUCCGAGCUCAUUACCAAGGCCGUCGCCGCGUCCAAGGAGCGCAGCGGCGUGUCCCUGGCGGCGCUCAAGAAGGCGCUGGCGGCCGCCGGCUACGACGUGGAGAAGAACAACAGCCGCAUCAAGCUGGGCCUCAAGAGCCUGGUGAGCAAGGGCACCCUGGUGCAGACCAAGGGCACCGGCGCCUCGGGCUCCUUCAAGCUCAACAAGAAGGCGGCCUCCGGCGAGGCCAAGCCCAAGGCCAAGAAGGCGGGCGCGGCCAAGCCCAAGAAGGCGGCCGGGGCGGCCAAGAAGCCCAAGAAGGCCGCGGGGGCCAGCGCCCCCAAGAAGAGCGCCAAGAAGACCCCAAAGAAGGCGAAGAAGCCCGCGGCGGCUGCAGGAGCCAAAAAAGCAAAGAGCCCGAAAAAAGCGAAAGCAGCCAAGCCCAAGAAGGCACCCAAGAGCCCUGCGAAGGCCAAAGCGGUGAAACCUAAGGCGGCCAAGCCAAAGACCGCCAAACCCAAGGCAGCCAAGCCAAAGAAGGCGGCAGCUAAGAAGAAAUAAGUUUCUUUGGCUAACUGCUUUGAAGCUCAACACAACCCAAAGGCUCUUUUCAGAGCCACCCCAGACCUCAGGAAAAGAGCUGUUGCACACAUUCGUAGGGGGCGUGGCGGGAGGACAGACGCUCCGCGGAGGGGCGGCACCUCCAGCGCAGGGAGGUGGUUCUCACCGCAAUGAGGUGCAGCCACAGGCGGCCCCUCGAGGACCUGAACGGUUUGGGGAGUUGUAGAUCCAUGGAACAUCGCUGAUGUCCCUAUGCGGUUCGCCGAGUGUUCGUUCCCGCUCCUUUCCUUUUUCUCCGCUGCAGAGAAAUGAAUUCGCGCACACUGACUGCGAGAAGGGAAGUGACCGUGCGGGGAGGGAAAACGAUCCGGGACAGCUUUCGUAGGCACUUUUUUUUUUUUUU